AUCUACAUUGUAACAAUUGUGAAUUAUUAACUUGUUUCUAGUGCCUUAUCUAUCUGUAAAUUCGUACUUAAUCAGAUUUUAUUGCUGUCUAUUCAGUGUCAUAAUGAAAUACAUAUUUCUUGUGCUCAGUCUGACAGGUUUUACGUUAGGUACGUUUACUUCCUGUUCUGACGGGUGGCUCGCAUACGAGGGUUCCUGUUAUUUCUUCGGACAUGACGAAGUGCAUUUUACUGAGGCAGAGCACUAUUGUCGCCAACGUAACGGACACCUGAUUCACGUCAACAGCAAAGCCGAAAAUGACUUCAUUAAAGAUAGACUCACAGACCUCAAUCAUCAUUAUUGGUGGAUGGGGUUAACAGACGAAGUUACAGAGGGAAAAUGGCAAUGGUUUGGCACUGAUGAGCCUGCUACAUUUACAGAUUGGUAUCCAGGCCAGCCAAACCUUGCUGUUGAAGAUUGUGCAAUAUUUUAUGACGCCUAUGGCUACCAAUGGGGAGAUAUACCCUGUACAAGGACAUGCAUUGCUAUAUGUGAAGCCAGUGGAAGUGAAAAUAGCGAAAUAAUUGGUUAAUUGAACCUGAAUUGAUUUUAUGUAAAUGAUAUGUAUUAAACUUAUAUCAUUUAUAAUGUUGUUGUUAUGUACUUUAUGUACAGAGGACAGUCAGUCCGAUCAAAAAAUAUUAUAUUCUGCCUUUGCAAUGGGAUGAGGUUUUAAAAACAGUUUGAAGCAUUUCUAAUUAUUUGACGUAUUUAUAGAUUUCAUGUCACAUUUUACAUGUCCUGUGACAGUAGCAACCAAAGCAUUAAAUAUAAUCAAAACAACAUCACAAAAACCGUUACAUUCCAUUAUCAAAGCGGUCCAUUUCAAUCAGUUCUAAUUGAUACUGAAAAUAAAUUCAGAACUCAGAGAUGUGUUGGUUAGAUCGUUUGAACUGUUGAUAUUUCUCAUGGGAAUAAAGCAUCAUUUGACCAUUUGUCCGAACGCGCGUAUAUGAAAAUUGAAAACGCGCGUAUAACGUCUGCCGUGUUGUAAUUUACCCUACUAUUAUGAAUAUUAGAUUUGAUAAAGUUCUGUUACAUCGACGCUAUGCCUACGAAUGUCAUAAAAGGAAGAAUGAGAGAAUCUUAUUAGUUUGCGCGAAUUUUUAGCUCACCCGAGAAUCACCAAGUGUCCCUCGUCAGUCAACGUGUGUCGCAAUCUGACUUAAGUACUUGAUCU